AUGGAUAACGUCCUCCCUGUGGACUCAGACCUCUUCCCAAAUAUCUCCACCAACACCUCGGAGCCCAACCAGUUUGUGCAGCCGGCCUGGCAAAUUGUCCUUUGGGCAGCUGCCUACACAGUCAUUGUGGUGACCUCCGUGGUGGGCAACGUGGUGGUGAUGUGGAUCAUCUUGGCUCACAAGAGAAUGAGGACAGUUACUAACUAUUUCCUGGUGAACCUGGCCUUUGCAGAGGCCUCCAUGGCUGCAUUCAAUACGGUGGUGAACUUCACUUAUGCUGUCCACAACGAGUGGUACUACGGUCUGUUCUACUGCAAAUUCCACAACUUCUUCCCCAUUGCUGCUGUCUUUGCCAGUAUCUACUCCAUGACAGCUGUGGCCUUCGAUAGGUGA